AUGUCUUUUCGUUUACAUCUGGUCCGACAUGCAGAGGGAACCCACAAUCCCGGCCACAAUACAAGCAUUCUGGACCCGCCAUUGACAGAAAAAGGGAUUGAACAAUGCCUGAAGCUCUGUCAAGACUUUCCGUUCAAGGACAGCGUUGGUUUAGUGGUGACAUCUCCACUCCGACGCACUCUUCAAACAGCCCGUCUAGGCUUCCAACAAACCAUUGAUGAGAAGUACUACGCCCAGGGCUCCGGGGUUCAAAAUGGCGCGUGCCUUUUGUUAGAACCAGAUGUACAGGCGCACUCCGCUAGACCAUGUGAUACUGGCUCAGAGAUUUCGAUUUUACGUUCGGAGUUUUACGAUCUCCCAUGGGAAAUCUUAGAUUUGGAUCCCAUAUUUCCAGCAAAGGAAGGGCUUUACGCCAGCGAUUCUGAGAGCUUGAAGCUGCGUGGAGCACGGAUACAGCGUCGAUUGGAGCAUAAAUUCAAGGAGCUAAAGGACAGCGGAAGACCAGAUAUUGUCGUUGUUACACAUGGCGGGUUUUUGAGCUCCGUCAUCGGCCAAGAGAAAACAGAAGUUGGGCAGGCAAAGUGGAAGACUUUUAUGGUCACAUUCGAUGAGGAUUCGAAAAUUAUUGUGGAAUCAACGAAGGGAGAAUGA